AACAUCAAGCAGAUGAUCAAACUAACUCAGGAGCACAUUGAAGCCCUGUUGGACAAGUUUGGAGGGGAUCAUAAUCCACCUUCUAUCUACCUAGAGGCAUAUGAAGAGUAUACAAGCAAGCUGGAUGCAUUGCAGCAGCGUGAACAGCAACUGUUGGAGUCCAUCGGCAAUGGCACGGAGUUCACAAACACUAACCCCACCAACACUGACUUGAUGGAGCCCUGCACUCACCUUUCUGUCACUCGGAACUCUCCAAGCCUGUUACAGAACCCACAUGACAGUUCGCGGGCCAACCCCAAAUCGCCUCAGAAACCCAUUGUUCGAGUCUUCCUGCCCAACAAACAGAGGACAGUGGUCCCAGCACGAUGCGGGGUGACGGUGCGAGACAGCCUAAAGAAAGCUCUGAUGAUGAGGGGACUGACGACAGACUGCUGUGCAGUCUACAGAACACAGGAUGGGGAGAAGAAGCCGAUCGGUUGGGACACGGAUAUGUCCUGGUUAACAGGAGAGGAGCUGCAGGUGGAGGUGCUGGAGCACGUUCCACUAACCACACACAACUUUGUUCGAAAGACCUUUUUCACACUGGCGUUCUGCGAUUUUUGCCGUAAACUGCUGUUCCAGGGUUUCCGUUGUCAGACAUGUGGGUACAAGUUCCACCAACGCUGUAGCACAGAGGUCCCCCUCAUGUGUGUGAAUAUCGACCAGCUAGAUUUGCUAAUUCUUUCACGAAUCUAUGAGAACCAUCCAAUUACCCAAGAGGAUGUAUCAUCCAUAGGAACACCAACUGGCUCAGGGCUGUAUCCAUCGGUCCCACCCUCCGACUCCACAGGGUCCCUUUCUCACCCCGUCGCCUCCCCAACAAAAUCCAUCCCAAUUCCACAGCCUUUCAGACCCGGGGAAGAAGACCAACGGAAUCAGUUUGGACAGAGGGACAGAUCAUCCUCCGCUCCAAAUGUACAUCUCAACACAAUCGAGCAGGUCAACAUUGAUGGUCUGAUCCGAGACCAAGAUCUACAGCGCAGUGAUGGAGGCCCCUUGACGCAGCCGGUCAGGUGCCUCAGGAAGUACCGCUCCCGGACUCCCAGCCCUUUGUUGCAAUCUUACCCCAAUGACAUUGUCUUUGAUUUUGAGCCUGGUCCCGUAUUCAGAGGAUCCACCUCAGGGCUUUCCGCCACCCCACCUGCUUCACUCCCUGGAUCUCUGACCAGUGUCAAAACAUUGCAGAAGUCUCCUGGCACGCAGCCUCGAGAGAGAAAGUCAUCGUCAUCUGAAGACCGGAAUAAAAUGAAAACUAUAGGCCGAAGAGACUCCAGUGACGACUGGGAGAUAUCAAAUGGACAGAUCACGCAGGGCCAAAGGAUAGGAUCAGGCUCAUUUGGAACAGUAUAUAAAGGAAAAUGGCAUGGUGAUGUUGCAGUGAAGAUGCUGAAUGUUACAGCUCCAACACCUCAACAGCUACAAGCCUUUAAAAAUGAAGUAGGAGUUCUCAGAAAAACUCGGCACGUGAACAUCCUUUUAUUCAUGGGCUACACCACGAGUCCACAGCUCGCCAUCGUGACGCAGUGGUGUGAGGGUUCCAGUCUGUACCACCACCUUCACAUCAUUGAGACCAAGUUUGAGAUGAUUAAGCUAAUCGAUAUUGCCCGCCAGACUGCACAGGGCAUGGACUACCUGCAUGCGAAAUCCAUUAUCCACAGAGAUCUGAAGAGUAAUAAUAUUUUUCUACAUGAAGACCUAACAGUCAAGAUCGGGGAUUUUGGGUUGGCAACAGUGAAAUCCCGGUGGAGUGGGUCACAUCAAUUUGAGCAGCUGUCUGGGUCUAUCCUUUGGAUGGCCCCUGAGGUGAUCCGAAUGCAAGAUAAGAACCCCUACAGUUUCCAGUCUGAUGUUUAUGCCUUUGGAGUGGUUCUAUAUGAGUUAAUGAGUGGACAGUUACCUUAUUCAAACAUUAAUAACCGUGAUCAGAUAAUCUUCAUGGUUGGCAGAGGUUACCUGACCCCUGACCUCAGCAAGGUGCGCAAUAACUGUCCUAAGGCAAUGAAGCGGUUAAUGGCAGAUUGUCUGAAAAAGAAGAGGGAUGAGAGGCCUCUUUUCCCUCAGAUUCUUGCUUCUAUUGAGCUGCUGGCCAGGUCCUUGCCAAAGAUUCAUCGCAGUGCGUCAGAGCCCUCGCUCAAUCGUGCUGGCUUCCAGACCGAGGACUUCAGCCUGUACACCUGCGCUUCCCCAAAGACGCCCAUCCAGGCCGGAGGAUAUGGAGAGUUUACUGCAUUCAAAUAGAUGGAUCGUCAUCGCCACCACCACCGACGAAGCAGGUGUCUGCCAUCAUGUCUUGUGUCCUUCCAGUUUUUCUGGGGUUUAGUCUGCAAAACAGAAACUACAGCUGCUGAGGGAGCUGCCUGAGCCACAGUUGUACCAUUUUAAAGACAUUCCGCCACCAGUUUCUGCCAAGCUGUAGUUUUGAAGUUGCUUGACUCGGAAAGCGAGUUCCCUUUUAACCAGCGUUAGAAGCUGAAAGCAUUGAUGGUCUCCCUGGAGGAAGAACAAAAUGGCUUCUUCGGACACUGCUGGGGUGGCCGUCGUGGUGGUGAGAGGGCAGGGGGUCAGUGGUGGAGAAGAAUCGUUGGAGCUCAAAGGCCAGAAGAUGUUAAUCGUGGAACGUGAUUCUUCUGGGCGAUUGUACUCCCGCGUCCUCUCAUUGCCUCUGCCCCAGGCAUGGUUGUGCAAUAACCUUAUUUAAUAGUGGGAGAGGGCUGUUACAAUUGAAUGGGUCUGUAGCCAGGUGACUUGAUUGGCCCAUGUCCCUCUGUCACUGGGGGAUGGGGCGCAGAGAUGCGCAUUAAUACUGAGCCAGCGUUUACUUACAUACAUUUUUUUAAUUUAUUUGUUCUAUUUGACCAGCUGUCUUUGCAUUGGUGGUAUCCCUACUGCUCUCGAGUUCUCCCACUGAUGCUUUUGUUCAGGAUAUCUUUGUACUUGUCCCCUACAUAGGUUCUUUGCGGUUGUCCAGUGAUUCGAACGGUUGUCUGGUAGCACCAGAAGGCAAGUGAAUUCAGGGGAAAGUCACUGUUUACCCACAAAAGGCGUUUGCUUCUCUCUAAUGUUCUUGGUGCUUAGCGUGCAUGGUGGGGGAGAGUGACUUGCCUUGCUGUUCAUCUCCCUGGCUGUGGAGUGGGUGUUUAAUACUUGAGCAGGACUGAACUGUGAAACAGAUUUUAA